UUGGGGCGUAAAAUGCCGUGAAGCCCGGCCGGCUGGGCCUGCGGGCUGUGAGAGUGACCGGGCCCAGCUCCCCCGCACUUAUAUGCCCCGUCCCCUGGCGGCCGCCUCCCCCUCCUGCUCCAUGUGGGGCCCGGGCCGAGGCCUCGGUGUCUCCCCCGCCUACUAUGGCCAGGAAAACAGUUAGCAGGAAGCGGAAAGCGGCGGCUGCCACUGCGGCGGCGCCCGGAGGGCUCCGGGGGGAGCAGUAUGGCUGGGAUCACUCAGCUCACAAAAGGAAAAGACUCCCCCCAGUAAAAAAGUCUCUGGUGUACUAUCUGAAAGGCAGAGAGGUUCGGCUGCAGAAUGAAUCGAGCUACCACCGUUUGUUGCAUGGAUAUGCAGCACAGCAACUUCCCAGUCUGCUGAAAGAGAGAGAAUUUCAUCUUGGGACCCUUAAUAAAGUUUUUGCGUCUCAAUGGUUGAACCACCGACAAGUGGUGUGUGGGACAAAAUGCAACACACUGUUUGUGGUAGAUGUCCAGACUGGUCAAAUUACGAAGAUUCCUAUUCUGAAAGACCGAGAACCUGAUAUGGUAAACCAGCAGGGCUGUGGGAUUCAUGCAAUUGAGCUAAACCCUUCGAGGACGCUCUUGGCUACAGGAGGAGACAAUCCAAAUAGCCUUGCGAUUUAUCGUCUGCCUACACUUGAUCCCGUCUGUGUGGGAGAUGAUGGACACAAAGACUGGAUAUUUUCUAUUGCCUGGAUCAGUGAUACUAUGGCUGUUUCUGGUUCCCGGGAUGGCUCGAUGGGUCUCUGGGAAGUGACAGAAGAGGUGUUGACUAAAAGUGAUGCCAGGCACAACCUCUCUCGAGUCCCUGUCUAUGCUCACAUAACACACAGGGCACUGAAAGAUAUCCCCAAGGAGAACACCAAUCCAGACAACUGUAAAGUCCGAGCACUGGCAUUCAACAAUAAGAACAAGGAGCUAGGAGCUGUGUCCCUGGAUGGAUACUUUCAUCUUUGGAAAGCAGAGCACACGCUAUCAAAGCUACUUUCCACCAAGUUGCCAUACUGCAGGGAGAAUGUGUGUCUGGCCUAUGGUCAGGAGUGGUCAGUGUAUGCAGUAGGAUCUCAGGCACAUGUCUCCUUUCUGGAUCCAAGGCAACCUUCCCACAAUGUUAAAUCCGUCUGUUCCAGAGAACGAGGCAGUGGAAUUCGGUCAGUGAGCUUUUAUGAGCACAUUAUCACAGUGGGAACAGGGCAGGGUUCCUUGUUGUUUUAUGACAUCCGAGCCCAAAGGUUCCUGGAUGAAAAGCCCAAUCACACCUGCCGUGGACAAAAACAGAAACUCGGAGGAAGUGAAAUUUUAAAGUUGACGACCGGGAAAGGCUGGCUUAAUCAUGAUGAAACCUGGAGGAAUUACUUUUCUGACAUUAACUUCUUCGCAAAUGCUGUUUACACCCACUGCUAUGACUCGUCUGGAACGAAACUCUUUGUGGCAGGAGGUCCCCUUCCAUCAGGACUCCAUGGGAAUUACGCUGGUCUCUGGAGCUAAUGAGAACUCUUCCCAAAUGCCCAUCUUGACGCUGAUUUCCACCUUCUUUCCUUUUUUAACAAAGAAAUUGUGUGAUGACAUUGUUUUCUGGUUUAAAUGCAAGUUAUUUUUGGCAGAGUUUUUUUCUGUUGGUCUUCAACAGUUUUGUACGUCUUUUUUUGAACCAGAUUUUGCUUUAACUUCCUUGAUCCUUUAUAUGAAGGGUUUUUUUAAAAUCCCAUUUUAUUGUAUUUACUCCAAGUGACUCUUCCCCGUAUAGGCUAACUCAGCCAUAUGCCCCCUACUUUGCUGUGCGGUAGGAUUCCUUUCUUAUAGAGUGGUUGCUGCCAGGCUUUCUGUGAAAGUCCAGGGGCUGUGUGUAUGCAGGUACUUUGUGUCGGUUACGUUACCUGGAGUGAGGACUACUUGUAAUUAAAAAUAUUAAAAAUAUUUAUGAGAUAAGCUACUCCUUUAUCUGCAGAGCAUGGCUCAGGCCUAGCUUGAUUUUUUUUAAAGUACAAGUCUAAUGACACUGUAUGCGUAAAGGAAAAUGUAUCAAAACCAUGUGCAUUGGAACCCAGGAACAGAGCACCACCAGUAACAUCUUACCUAGCCCAGAGUGUAGCAAGGACCCCCAAGCCUGGCAUCCCAACAGUGCAUGAGAAAAAUGACUGUCUCUUGUUACCCCUUCUCUCUCUAUCCUGAGUGUCAGUUGGAAAGGUUGUUGGACCUUCAGAGUAGGCUGUCUGUACUGCAGUGGGGGUAUUGUGUGACAUGACAGCUGUUAGGAUGGUGGACUGCCCCCGAUUGGGGCACUAAGGGAAAUGGCAUCCCAGGAGGAGAUGGAUUUGCAUGGUGGCUAACCUAAUUCAAUCUGAUUAACUUCCAGAGUAGCUGGGGGUCCUCUGGGUGGCUGGGGCUGGAUGGCAGGGAGGAGCCAGGACUCCAGAUACCUGGAGUCUGCCUAAAGACACACGCACCUCUUUCAUGCUGGAGACUUCUCCCUCCUUCCCCCCCGUAACAUUUCCCCUCUUGCAGUUCUCCCACCAACAGUGAGUAAUGUUGGCAGGAAUGGUUUUUGCUAGCCAGUUACUGCUAUUAAAGUUGAUGGGCAGGGAGAUGUUAUGCUAAUAUGUUCAUAUUUUUUUUCCUCCUGACCUUUGGAAGGAGGGUGGCAUAUGCAGUUAGUUGUUGCUAUUAGCAAAUACAGUUGUCUUCCUCUUUAAUGACUGUAGGCUUCAUUUUCUAAUGCAGGUUUGAAACUUACGAGGUAGCUAGACUUCGUGUUCAACUCAUCAUGUUAAGAAAAGCACAGGCUGUCACUUGGAUUUUAUAGGAGACUCUCUCCCUCUCUCCCCCCCACCCCCCGAGCACCUAGCUUAUUGUUAAGUCCUGCUUUGGACUUCACCGGGAGCUGUGAGUGCAGGAUGACAGUCUGGAUACGCUUCGCAAACAAAAUAUAGGCUCAGUCAUGGAGGGAUUGUGCAUUUCUGACGAGAAAAGAUGAUCUUGUGGCUAAAGCACAGUGUUAAGCAUUAGACUGGUUCUCUUCCUGGCUGUAGCUGCUGUUGCCCUGUCACUUCAUGUCUCUGUGCCUCACUGUGCAGAUCUGUAACAUGCACACAUGGCACCUGAGGCUUAAUUUCUAACUUGAGAUUAUCAGACAAAAGACAUGGUAGAAGUGCAGGCUUUCCCCCCACAUUCUGAUUGCAUGUCAGGGUUAAGGAAAGGGUUGUCCCAUAUGCACACUGGGAUUUGAAGUAUAGGCCUGACUUGAUCACUUUGCAAACCAAGCAAUUUUACUGCUGCAUUCCAAACUUCUGCUAGUGGGUUGGUUGCUUAAAAUCUGCAUCAAACCAAAAUUGAAAAAUAAAUAUGGUUUUAUUACGCCGUUUCCAAGUAGUAGCUGUUAAAUGAUAGGGCUGUAAAUGAAGUAGUUCUCUCAGAACUUCCGUUGUUAAACGAAUGUAAAGAUUCUAAGUAUUUUUUAUACUGUCACCAGUCACAGUUCCAUGAUGGGAACAUGUUGCUUUUGGGGUUUCUUUUAUGAAUGUUUGGCAGGGCAGAGAUGUAGCAUUUCACUCUGCUCAGAAAUAUGCAAAGGAAAAUAUUUAAUCUACAUGAAAUAUGGUGACAUUUCAUCUCUGUGAAGGAGUAGUCUUAAAUCCAGUCUAAGAUCACUCUCUCUUCUGCUGAGAUGUUCUGCGUUCUCUUGGGGUGGAUUUUAUUCCCAGGCAGGUCCUGUUGUUUGGGGUCAGAUUUGCAAAGGCACUGAGCACUCAGCUCCAGCUGACAUCUCUGAGAGCAGAGCUCAGCUGUGUUAAAGUUGGGUCCACAGUGUUUAAUACCAUUUUAAAUACUUUUUUUUUAAUGCUGAAGGAAGCCUUUUGGUCUUGAAAUCUAACUCCCUUUAUAGUUAAUCUUGUUAAUUUAAAACUCAUUUGUUUGUAACUUGGAGUCUUUGGGGAAAUUGUUCUCUCCAGGUGAUUUGAGCAUUGUCCAAUGUAGAUGUGUUUGGUGUUAGGGGGACACCAAUUUAAAAUUAGUCAAUUUCAUUGUGAGGGGAGGGGGACGUGGAGAUGUAGUUUCAAGUACUGCAUUUGCUCCUGAGCCUUCUGCCAGUGUGUUGUAUUCCUAUUGGUGACUGUUUCCUGUUUUGGGGGGGGAACUUUUUCCCUUGCAUGGAAAGCCCACACAAACAAGGUAAAUGGAAUAUACAUCCAGUGCUGUCCAAUGCAAAAAGAAAACUGGGAAAUACUUUAAUCUUAGUAAUCAUGUGUUGCUUUUAACAGUAAUAGAUUAUAAAGUUUCAGACCAGUGUUUUAAGUAGCUGUCCCUUCAAGAUGGGAUGCCUUACUGUGAUGUGAUCCUGAGUAUCCGUAGUCAAGUAUUUCUUUUGAUCCAUUGAGCAGUUAUGGAAACAGAGGCUGGGAGGGGAAGUGACUUGCCAAAUGUCUCUCAGUAAAUCAGAAGUAGAAACAGGAAAAGAACCUAGGUUUCCUGAUUUCUAGUCUAUGCCUGUUCCAUUGCACUAUGCUCCCUAGACUAUACAGUUUUAGAUUUAAAAUUGAAAUACCAAAACAUGGCAGGGGGGAUAGUAGCAUGUGGGGAUCCAAAUAUGGGUCACUGGUUUGCUGGUACAGCAGUGGGGAGGCUGUGAGCCCAGCCAUGGAAGUUGGUGUGAAGGCAAAGCUCCUAUCUCUCAAGCAACAGUAGAGAAACGUUAUUGGGGGUGAAUAUGGCCUGACUAGAUUUCGAUAGCUUUAAAAUAGGGUACGGAAACCCAGUGGUGGUCUCACUUUGUUUGUAGACUAGCAAUUUUUCCAAGUGCUCAAAGUCAGAUAUCUUAAUGACCUUUUUUUCCCCUUCCUCAGAGUUGCUUUGAGGGAAAAUAAGGUUCUUAAGGAUCAUUCAGACAGACCUGCAUUUUUCUGAUAUUUGAUAUUAUAUUAACAUGGUAUCCUAUUUGCAUUGUAAUGUCUCAAGCGGUUUAUUUGAUCAUCCAGCACUUUUCAUAAGGCUGCUGUGCAAAGCAUGGCAUCCUUGAAGCAUCAUAUGAUUGUUCUAAUGUAGCAGAUGAAUUAUUUAACAGUGAUGGACCCACUAGUAGCCAACUCAUGGGUACUGACUGGCAACUCUACAGCAACUAGCCAGUGUGUUCAUGAUGAGAGAGAACCCAUUUCCAUUUUCUUCCUAAACUGUCCAGCUAUUUCCACUAUCAAAUUCAGCGUUAUUCCCCAGGCCAUUUUUCUAUUAACCCCUCCAACCUUAGUCCAUCAUCUCACAGUCUGUCCUGCCAGCCAAGGAAGCUUGACACAGCUCUCUGCAGCAUCACUCUGAGGGAGCUAGCUGAGCAUGUUACCACCCCAGCUCAGGAGAGCCACAGACCAAGCACAAGUUUCAUUGAGAUUCAUAGUUUGUGUUAUUCCUGGGCCAGUUCCAGUAGUCCCAAAGAGAGUACAUUUCUAAGCUAUUUAAAAAACCCACCUGAGACUGGUCUAAUUCAACACCCAUUGAAGUCAAUGCAAAAAUACAUUAUCAUAAUAAUCCUUGACGGGUAGUUUUCAUACCUUCAGGAGUGAGUCACUUCCAUCCAAACCUUGCUCACUGAGGUGCUGCUCUUGUGAGAAGUUUGUAGCUGCAAAGUCCCAGAGAAGAUGUGUAUUUUUCAGCCCUCCCUCUUUGCAGUGGUAUCGAAGUUCUGAGAGUGACUCAUCCCAAAUUGCAUCUCCAUCUGACAAUGUUCCAUCUGUUGUCAAAAGCAACUGCAGGUCUUUUAAAACAGAUGAAUUUAUUUUUUUCAGAUUGUCUUGUGGAUUUGACAGCAGUUCAUGGAGUGUUGGUUUCACUGUGGCAUUGGUGGUCAGUUGCAUCACUCCUAUGCCCUAAUCUUGGGGGAGAGGGGAAAGUAUUCACACUCUGCUCUGCUCUAGGGGCAGUUUGUGCAUGCUGUUCUCCUGGGUCUGCAAGUAGUAGCAUAAGGGGCAGGCAGGAGUGUGCACAGAAAGGAGGGCAGGUUUGGUGUUCCUCUCAGAACCACCCAGAAGUUCUAUUUAAAGGAGAAACUUGAUUUUUGUUAGUUUAAAAAAAAACAAAAAUCUUUGGUUGAUAUUGGCCCUUUAUGUGGAAUCUAUUCUGGCUGUUUUCCAUGUGCUUUAAUUUAUUGCUUGGGAAUUAGGUAAUUCUUGUAGCUGCAUCUGUGCUGGGUCUCCUCAUCAAAAUUGGAUACUUAAAAAUCCUGUAGUAGAUACUUAAAAAAACAAAAAAACCCACAGUGUUUUCAAGAGUUGUCUGAGUGGAACCUGGUCUGUUUUGUCCCUAGACUCCAGAGGCCUUCAGAAGCCAUUUUUCAACCAACUCUCUUCUAGCUGCAUGCUGGGACCUGUAGUUCCUGCAGCCCAUUCAUAUGUAAAACGUAAAACAAAAGUACUGUGGCUGGCUGAGUUGUAGGCUGCAUCUGACCAUCUGGGUAAACGGUAUUGACCGUAUACAAAUUGCCACAGUAAUGGACUGAAAUAAAAUAUGGGUCUAUGUAAAACACUUGGAGACAUGUACAGUAUCCUGUCUGUACCCCUUCAAACACUGUUUAUCUUCUCUCAAAACUAAAAUCUUGGAGAUAGCUCAUGAUUUUUAGAAUCUGCUUUUCUAUAGAUUUCCUUAAUUAGAAGGGAAAUUUCAGGUGCUGAAUCUUAAAUCUCAUUAAACUUGUACUUUUUUGUUUAUCUGCUCACCUGGUUUCCUCUCCUAUUAUGGCCUCCUGCAGUCUCAGGGUAUAUAAAUCACUAUGAUUCAUCCAAAUAACAAAAAGGACCAAUCAGAGGGUAACGUGCCUUUCUCUUAUGGUACCUUGAUCUUUGCAAAGUUAUCUGGCGGAAACUCAUCAUUGUCUUUUUCUAAGACGUAAACAGUGAAGUUGCAACAAGUUUGUAUUGUUAGUUGUGACUUUUUUUCAUUUGACAUUCAAGAAUAUGGGAUAGACACAAAUCAAAUGCACUGAUUUUUGUCUUGGGAUGAGUCCUUGUACAGACAUCAGUGUUUACAUGUUUGGUAAUAUGUACAUAAGAUGCUGGAUCUUCUCCCCUUCCUAGGAUAUAUGUGUCAAUAUAUAUGAUGCACAAACUACACAGGAUGUUUAAAAUAUGUGGGGAUCACAACUUGUGACUUGGGGUUAGGAUGUCUUAAAGUGAACUGUAGUUCUUUUAAAAUGUUUUUCCACGUAGACUACGCUUCAUAGACUUAAACAUCCAGUGCAUUGAAAAUAUCAUGACUUCUGUCACGUGCCUACUUCUGUUUUAAGUUCAGGACCCAAUGUUUCUUUGGCAUAUGUUGCUAUUGUGUGCAUGCAUGCACAAAAAAAUUUUCGGUAUAGUUUAUAGCCUCAACUAUUUUGAUACAGUGCAGAAUCUUGAACUUGCACGGAAGCAGUUAAGCAAAGGGAGUAGAGGUCUUUCAAAUGUUCUGUAGUUCAUGUGUUUAACUUGAGGGCUAAAUGUUUAAAACUGUCCAUGCAAUUUGCAAAUUAAACAAUGGAAAGUUGCAGAUUGCAUGCAGAAACCAACUGGUUUGUAUAUGCAGCGCAGUGUCUAGAAAGUUAUCCCGUAAACAGCUGUUCUUCUCUGAAAAGUGACUUCAAAAAUAAAAAGGCUUUGUGGGCUUGGUUCUGUUUCUCAGUGACUUCCAAUGUGCUGAAUCUGAAUACAAAAAUUACUUUCCUAACUGCCCUGCAAAUUCAAUAUGAUCUGAAGUUCAAGCUGGGUUUAUUCUCGAGUAUCACCAAUCCCACUGCCUUCAGUGAGCUUGUAAAUGAGUCACUGAUUGGAACUUUAGCACAAUAUUCCUCUGGCUCAGUAGAACUGGAUUCAGUCACUCUCUCUUUUCCGUUAGCCCUACAAAGCCAACACAACUGUGUCAAUGUAUGGUCAUUAGUCUGUGGAUAUAAUGGCACAUUCCUAAAACGGAGUAACCUAGAGAUCUUAUUUAGUGUAGCGUUUGGCCCUACUUAUCCUCAUUAGAUCCUACUGAGCAGACCUAAUCUGACUUGUUUUCUGGUUUGUAAUCUUUAAUGGUUUAACUUUUUUCUCCAUUCUUUCCAGUUCAUCUUUAAGAAUAAAUUCCAAGUUCUUGUCUGGUCUGAAAAAAUUCAAAUAGUUUGUACUGGAAGUUGUACAAAAAUAUUGGUGGCCCUUGGGUAGAAAGACCACUCUGUGCUCCAUCAUAAACCUGUUGCUACCUACCUGCAUGUGAAAUGACAAUUCCUGCUUUUUUGUUAACCACUACAGAAGCUGAAAUGCUAACAUCCAGAUUUCAUAACGCGGUGGUCAGUAAGGUGGGAAGUGACGCCCACUGCCUGCAAUCUUAACAGCAGGGGAAUAGCUAACAAUAUUGUCAUUCCACUUCAGAGUUAACACCCCAUUGGAAUACUGGGGGGCUACAUCACACUUCCAGGCUGAUUGCUGGUUCCUUCUGGUUACAGCACAGGGCUUUCUUUACAAUUGUAAUGGCUACAAUUACUUUAUUAAAGGCAGUUUCCUGCAGUAAUUAAUGGGGGGGAGACACUGUUGCUGGACCAUAUGGUUAAGUGGCAGACACAUAUAUUGCACAGUUUGUCCAAGGUGAAUUCCACAGGCCUGUUACUUUAGAAGACAAGCAGCUAUUUUAAUACACUUGAACAAUGGAGGCCUAGGGGUUCGGCUGCAGAUCUUCAUCAUCCCUUAUCUGACAGUCAAUUACGGCUGGAGCUUGCCUGUGGAAACGGCUGGUCUUCUAUCUUCAGAGAUGCCAUGUGAAGAUAGUGCAGGAAAGCACCUGUUUCUUCUUUGAUUGUCAUCACCCUGCCACCCACCCCUUCCUCCCCAGGCUCCUACUGCACUUGAGCUUUCCAGGAUUUUUCCUGACUUAGGAAAUGGCUUCAUUUCUGGGGUGCUGAGGGGCAGCACUCUUCCCACUGCUGGCGGGCCAUAGUGAAGAGGGCCCUUGUUUGUGGCUUCCCCCUUUUGGCUCUACCUAUUGAUCCCGCAUUACCUGUGGGUGCAGGGGGUGUAGAAUUCCGGUUGAGACUUGCUGCUUCCCCAGGAUUCACAGAACGCAGCGGGCACUGAUCCCCUUGCUCCAUUUUCCUGCUCACAAAACAGCCUGCAGCAGGCUCUGUCCCUCUUGUUCUUUCACAAGCUUUGUCUCCAUCAUUCAGCCUUUUGUCCCAGUCGCUCUUCUGUGGAGUCCAGCAUGUUCCAUCGUGGCUUGCUAACUUGGGCUCCUGUUCAGCAAAUCCCCGGGGCAUGUGCUUACAUCCUGCUGAAGCUGAUGAGACUUAAGCACCUACUUCAAGCCCUUAUGUACUUUACUGGAUCAGAACUUCUACAGUUUGAUUCCCUCCUUUCUCUUCCUCUCCCUUCCCCAGCCCUGGAUAUUUCCCUAAAUUGGUCUCCUCUGAUCUGGAGGGCUGUGCUCCCCACUCAUUCCUGCUCUGUAAACCAAUUAAUUCCUGCACUACUGGCUAUCUAAAUCUGGUGGUUUUUACUUUCCACCUUCUUGUUCUGGGGAUCACUGCACAUGUACAAUCUCUACUGAUUCCCAUCCUCAGCUCUCCUGACAUGCUUUUGGGACCUACCCUGUGAGGCAUUGAGGUUACACUUUUCCAUUGUGUGCAGAAGAAAACAAGCCGGAGGAGAGGGGGGAGACAGGCUUUGUAUGCAGAGAACUGGAAAGGUACCUCUAGUUCAAGUAGAUGAGGGAGCAGUUUAAAUUCAUCUCAAUGGAAUUAGAACAGAGUUCCUGACUUUUUUGUUUUAAAUCACUUCCACUGGAGGUUCAUAGAUUCCAAAUUCAUUGAAUGUUGCAAUGUACAUCAAGGUUAUUUUUGAUCAAUGCAAAAUGUGCCUCUUGGAUUUCCUUAGGUAUAAUGUAAAGGUCGGCCUGUUUCACUUUGUCUUCAAUGCAAGGAGUUUAACUGAAGACUGAUUUUAAUAUGUGAUUCCUGCUAUUCAAUGCUAACAUCCAUAGAGCAAUCCUCACUGGUCUUUCUUGAGCAGCAUGCAGUGCUCCCUCGCUGUUUGAAUGCAAAAAAGGGGCUAUCAAUAACAAAUGGAAUCUGCUGGGCUUUCCUUGUGUUAAGGAGAUGGUUUAAGUUAAGGUUCCAUGUGUUUUUAUUAAUUUUAAAUCCACUGCAGUUACUCUACAGAUCCAGCACCGCUUUCUUUCUCUACUUUAAUGUGGGAUCGCAAAAAUAUGAAUCCAGCAACAUGUGAUCCCAGCUGGCUUGCUUGCAUAUUUCUUUUUUGUGGGAUGAGGUGUUUUUUCUUGUGUGGAAGAAUUCAAACUGGCUGCAAAGAUUUGGUGACUGUCCCACAUCAGCUUCCUAAAUGCAGUUGAGUGUUUUAGACUUCUCUUCAGAAUAAAAGAGGAGAGCUGGUGAAGAUGGGCUGUUAACUGUGACUGCUUUAGGUCAUCAGUGUGUUGCCUGAUCAUAUGGACAGCAUAAUGAAGUUUGGUUUGCAAGCUGACUGUCUUGUAUCGAUCAAGGAACAAAACUCUUAAUUCCUGGUUUGGGGAGAUUUGUUUGCAGAUUUAUUUCCAAAUCAAAUAGUGAUGAUUUUCAAUUUCACAUUAACCGGGUUACUGUGUCCACAUGCCAGAAAGAUGUUGCUCUUGGAAAAAGCAUGUUAGUGUAUGUGGCAAUGACCAAUGCACUUUUUAAUACAUAGAUCUGUACAUUCUCAUCCGAGUGUUAACCAUUCUGUAGUCUGACAAAUAGAUCUUUUACUACUGCCCUGUUAUAUAGAAUAAUUGUAACUAACUGCAGUUUUUUUCCACUACUUGAAGUUGUGUGAACUGAAAUUGGUGAACAAAAGUAUUUGUGCAUCUUAAUAUGGAUAUCUCUAAAUAAAAUGUAUUUGUAUAGUGUUA